AUGUCAAUCACAAUUGACGACACGCGAGCUUCCAAUGAUAACCGCAAGAACAACCGCCGCAACCGCCGCAGUUCACAGAAGAACAGCUGCAUAGCCACCCUCUCGGCUAUCGCUCAAGUCCAAAAGGUCCUCUAUCAUGUCAAUAACUUCAAUGGUAGCUACCACCUGCGUAACUGGUCUGCCUCAGCCCGUAAGGAGCGAGCUCCUUACAUCGGUAUCAAGCUCGAGCUCCUCCACGAUGGCUCUUACAUUGCUUUCAACGUCCCAAAGCUAGCCUUCAUUGCCGCCUCUCCCGCAUUCGCCGACCACAUGGCAAUAAGCCCCGAUGUCAAGCUUCUCCGCUUCUGCAGCUCUGAAGUGGACUUCUAUGCCGUCAAGGCCAUCGUCAUCUGGCUGCGGAAGAUUUGCUCGGAGAAGGUUCACACUGACCUACCAAUUCCCGAGGACAUUGAGGAGGAUCUGCAACUCCGUCGUACAGCUCGGAGAUUGGGCAUGUCGCAGUAUGUAGCCGAUAUCAUCGAGCGCUACAUCUUGGAUUUGGCCGAUCGAGUUCCGGAUGUUAGUGAACUCGUUUUGGUCUGUGAAUGCACAAAGGAUCAGGGCAUCGUGGAUCCCAUGUCGGAGGUGCUGGCGAAUUGCGUCGGGUACCUGUUGAAGUACAAUCAGGUUGAUGGUAUGAAGGUGGGAUUGUACGCAGAAGUGUUGAAAACGAAGAAGUGCCAACGCUUGCUGGAUGCAAUUUGUGAGGAGAAGUUGGAUAGGAUCCACCGGGUUGGAUGGUUGGCGGUAUAUAAGAAGCCAUGGAAGUAG